GACACCAGAGGGCCUCACGCGCCAAAAGAUGCGUCCAGAUGUGGAACAGCUGAGGGAUCGUGAGCCUGAAGCUGCGUUGCGAGUCAAAGAAAAAAAAAACAGAAAAACGAAUGAUGUCACGCAAAGCCACAAGGGGACCUGGGACUUACCAGAUACCUUCCAGUUGAGCAGGAGUCCUGCCAAGAAAGGGACCUCCUCCUCUCCUCGUCUCCUCCUCUCCUCGUCUCCUCCUCUCUCGUCCAGCGGAGACAGAGCACAGAAUCGACGGAGCAGAAUUGAGCAAAUUAUCUCCUACUUUCUCCCCCGCUUCUCCGUCCUGGACGGUAACGAUCGGCGAGGUCUCGGCUCUCUGCACGCCGUCAUCGAGCAUCAAUAAGUAGGGGGGCACCAGGCCGGUGAUUCAGAGGGGUGGGGGUUCCCCGGCAGAUGAUGCCCUUUCGUGCGGGCCGGUGGAGGAACCGCGCCGACCCCAGCUUCCCCGCAGCAGCUUCUUCUCUUCUUCUUGUUGAUGCGGAGGUGAUGGACGGUCCACUCCGCCGCCCAGCGGGGAUCCUCUGCUCCCCUCCUGCUCCUAGGAGCCAGCCCGCGGGCUCCGACAUGCUCGCCGCCGCCGCCGCCUCCUCCUCUUCCUCCUCCUCCUCCUCUUCCUCCUCCGGCGGCGGAAAGCCACUCGCUUUCUCCAUCGACCGGAUUAUGGCGAGGACGCCCGAGCCCAAGUCUAUUCCGCUCCCCAGCUGGCUCCAGCGCGCUCCCGCGGGGAAACCCGACGUGUGUCCGUCCUCUCUGCAUUGCAUGAUUCCGCUGGUGCCGCUCGGGUACGAGCCGAGCCACCGGCUCAGCAUCGCCGGGCUGGAUCCGGGCCACUUCGACGCGUCGUCCCUCGCCGCUCCCGCGGACUUUUUGGGCUUUGGGUUGAAGGGCCAGCAGGAGGACCCCGCGUUGAGCCAGUCCACCGGCGGCCAGUACAAACUCUUCCGACCGCGGGUCGUGAACCAAUCCUCCUUCCCCACCGUGGGCACCGUGUGCUACCUGAACUGCGGCCCGGACGCUGGGGCAUGCCCGCCUCCCGCCGGCUUGGUCAACCUGCACCCGAUGGCCUCGUACCUGUUCACCGCGCGGCACAAAGCCUUCAUGGCGGAGAAGAGCAAGCCGGGCCUGCAGCAGGCCGGGGACAGGUACCCGGGCUCGGGGUGCGUGCAGGCCUUCAAGGAGCUGUCCCAGAGCCAGAUCCAGCACUACAUGAAGGAGCGGGACCAGAUCCUCACCGAGAAGAUGUUCAAGGGCUCCGCGGCGGCCCGGCUCGGCGGCUCCUGUCCCGGCACCAAGCCCAAAGUCUUCACCUGCGAGGUCUGCGGGAAGGUGUUCAAUGCGCACUACAACCUGACUCGCCACAUGCCCGUGCACACCGGCGCGCGGCCGUUUGUGUGUAAAGUGUGUGGGAAAGGAUUCCGACAGGCGAGCACGCUGUGCCGGCACAAGAUCAUCCACACUCAGGAAAAACCGCACAAGUGUAACCAGUGCGGGAAAGCCUUCAACCGCAGCUCCACCCUCAACACGCACACGCGCAUCCACGCGGGCUACAAACCGUUCGUGUGCGAGUUUUGCGGAAAAGGAUUUCAUCAGAAAGGAAACUACAAGAACCACAAGCUGACACACAGCGGUGAGAAGCAGUUCAAGUGCUCCAUCUGCAACAAGGCCUUCCACCAGGUGUACAACCUCACCUUCCACAUGCACACGCACAACGACAAGAAGCCCUUCACCUGCCCCACCUGUGGCAAGGGCUUCUGCAGGAACUUUGACCUGAAGAAGCACAUCAGGAAGCUGCACGACCUCGUGGGCCAGCAGUCGCCUCCAGAGGCCUGAGAGACGCCGAUCAACACACUCCGCCCCCAUCAGGCCUCGAACCGAACCUCGGCCCCUCUUCUUUUACAUUACAUGUCAUUUAGCUGACGCUUUUAUCCAAAUUAGCAACUUGUACCCUCAAAUGAACAGUGUGCCGUUUCCCCAAAUGAGUGCUGCUCUCAGUUGGGCUUCUCUCUGAGCCAUGAAAGAGUUUUGAUGUUUAUUUUCCCAAAAUAUAUUGAAAAAAUGGUUUUAAAAGCCUACAUCUCCCACAAUGCCCCUGGGUGGCUCAAAUAAUAACCCUGAUGACAUUACAGUGACAUGAUCAGGGUUAUUUAUUACCUCAGACUCGACUGAACUACUCCACCCGGAGGCCCUGGAGGAGGACGAGCCCCACGGACGAAACUGAUCUGUGUUAAAAGCGUCCCUUCCACUUUCAGCGGGGGUUUGUUUGAGUGACAGGGACAACGGCCAAACGUGUCGCUUCUGGACAGUGACCCAAGUUCAACUUUCUCUGAUCCCAGAAGGACCUCAGACCCCCUCAGUAUUCAUCAAAUCGGCAGUAUUUUGUCACAUCGAGCUUAGUAAAGUGAAAGAUGUUUUCCACGAGGAGGUUCUGUGGUUCUUUGAUUCUUUGGUUCUGUGGUUAUUUGGUUCUUUGGUUUUGUGGUUCUGUGGUUCUGUGGUUCUGUGAUUCUUUGGUUCCAUCGACGUGUCUCUGCUUCAAUGUGAGCAGCUCGUCCGAUUGACUCCAACAAAAGACAUUUCCUUUGUAUAAACAAUGUGCCGUCCUCGACUUCUCCGGUCCAUCCGUCAGGCCUGUUAACACCCCCCACCCCCGCCCCCCCGCCUUUCUUCGCGCUGCAAGAGCCAUCGGGACAAGUCGUAGCCCCCCCCCUGCAGGCCCCGCGGUGGGCCCCCUCAGACUCUCCUCGCGAUGGUGCCCCGGACAGACCGAGCCCCCCUGUCGGCGGGUUACGUUGUGAUGGUAUCCACUCACCUUUCAGUCAUCAGUCUCAGGUUGUGAGAUUUGAUGAACUGACUCCGGAGAUGAGGUGAAGCGAGUUUAAGGAAACCCUGUUAUUCAAAAUAAGUGUCUGGUGAUUUUCUACAUUUAUCCCAUGAAAAGACCAACGAUGAAUUAAACGUCUGUUCUUCUGUGUCACCAUGAAGUCACUGAUCUUGAUCCUGACCCACUCAGGUUUCCUCAAAACAUCGUUGAUCGAAUCCUUCUCUUGUUUCCUCCAGAGGUUUAACAGUUUCUUUCAACCUCACUUGUGGUUUUUGGGUCCCCGAGGAGUCCGGAGUGUUUCACACCGUAAAGUAUCCGCCCCCUUCAUUCCCACUGGAGACCUUCUCUCUGCAUAUUCACACAAUACCUUGAAGAAAAAAAACUCCAUCAGGUUUUAAGCCCUGAAAACACGUUAGCCCUGCAUUUCCCGUAAUGCGUCUGGAUCAGGUAUUUUCAUGCCGCCCCAUCGAACAGUGUAGGAGACGGGCUUUCUGUUGCGCCCGUCUCCCACACUGCGCGAGUAAAGAGACACGAGCAGCCAGAGGGCCGGACUCAUGUGCUUGACCCUUGACCUCGGGGGAUUCUUACAGACACUUAAGGUGCAGGGCAACUGAUUGUCUGACUGUGUUUCUUCUUUCUAGUGUAGUAUAAUGUUAUAAUUGUUAUUAGAAAUGGUGAAAGAAAAUUGCGCUGCAAUCCGAGCUGUUACGAACCAGAAGCCUCUUUUGAUCAGCAACAAAAAGACACUAAUUCAUAAGACACUUAUGAAUUAAAAUGCUCCAAAACAACACAAGGACCCUCCUCUGGACUUCACUCUGCGUCUCUGGUCCGUCUGUUGUUGUUUUAUAUUUCAAUCUCAGGAUUAUUGUAAAACAACAAACAAAUGUGUUUUAUGAAAUUUAUUUAAAAUUGUACUACGGUUAUAAAAAAGAAAAGUUUUCUUGUCACAGUGAAGGUUAGUUUUUAUUUUAUUUUACGGAUGAGCCUCUUGCUGCAGACACGUAACAAGGAAAUAAAAAUAAAUGAAUCCAA